UUUAUUAUGAAUCAGAAUUAAGGAUUGAGUCUUUUGCACAGGAGCCCCAGUACCAUUAGCCGGCCCAAGCAGAGGCUCUUCUGGAGCCGACUGAAAUGCCGUGCUUAACAGAACACUGUACUAAAGCUGAUCCACUCUGUCUCAUAUAAGCCUCAGAACUUGUCUCUGUUUGAGCCACAGAUAUUCUCUCCACAUUUUUUUCUCUCUCUCUCCCAAUCCCCAUAAAAGCCCUGAAAUUCUCCCCCAACAACCAAACCCAUUCUUCCUUCUUCAACCAAAAAAGGACAGCUUUCUUCUUUCUCCAUCUUCGUUGAGUAAAAAACUCUUAUCUAAUCCCACGUAAAGCUAGUAUUUUUCUGCUUGAUUUCUACCCAUCCCAAUGCCGUCAAACUCCGGCGACAACCCCCGACCAUCCAAGUCCCAAGCUCCUCCACCGGAACAAGAGCAUCUCCCAUGUCCUCGAUGUGACUCCACCAACACCAAGUUCUGCUACUACAACAACUAUAACUUCUCCCAGCCCCGCCAUUUCUGCAAGGCUUGCCGGCGCUACUGGACUCACGGUGGUACCCUCCGUGACAUCCCCGUUGGCGGUGGCAGUCGCAAAAACGCGAAACGCUCUCGCACUGCCUCUUCAGCUUCUUCCUCUGUCACGGCGACUUCUUCCGUUUCUACUCAGGACCAUCCACUCCCUACAACCCCUGUAUUUGUACCCAUCUCGGGUGGCCAAGGAGGUUCCAUGCCGUUUGGGGGCAACGGUGGAGUUGAGUGUGAUUUGAAAUCUAGCAUGGGAAUGUGUGGAAGCUUCACUUCUUUGCUUAACAACACCGCACAAGGGCCCGGGUUUCUGGCUCUAGGCGGGUUCGGGCUUGGACUGGGUCACGGGUUUGAAGAUAUGGGAUUUGGGAAUGGAAGAGGUGGUUGGGCUUUUCCUGGGAUGGUGGAUGGCCCCAACAUUAACGGUGGAGUUGGGGCUUCCGGCGUUGGAAAUUCAUGGCAGCUAGACGGUGGCGAAGGUGGGUUUGUUGGCGGUGCAGACUGCUUCUCUUGGCCGGGACUCGCAAUUUCAACACCUGGAAAUGGUCUGAAAUGAACUGGUUUACUUUCUUUUCUUUUCUUUUCUUUUUUUUGGCUUUUAUUUUCAUUUCCCUUUGUGCGAGGGAAGGUCCUCUGAUGGUUUAGAGUUUAGUUUAUUGCGUGUUUGGGGGUAUAUCUACUAGAGACAUUAGAAAGACACUGCGACCUUUUUUUGUUUCUUUGGUUCCAUCAACUAUCUUGUUCUGUGUAUGUUAUUAGUGUUUACUUGUCUAGUGUUGAGCUGUGUGAAAUCUCUACAGUAUCUGUAUCUGAUAUAGCUUCAAGCUUCCUAAUCGUUUAAACAACCUUGAAUUCUGAUUCA